AGGGAUCUGUGUUGUGCUCCGGCUGAGAGCUGAAUGAGAUUGAAGAAGAGUUCUUGUUUUGUAGCUUCUCUGUUUUCUUUUAUAAACACCUUUAAACCAAACUAAUCACAAAUAGAGCCUCAGAAUAAAGCUCCGCGGGGAAGGAGUGAGCCGGCCUGUCUGCUCAUGCUGUGCUGCCAUCGUGGAUCGGAUUCUUAUAUAUAUUUAAUUAAUCUGGAGGAUCUGCUCAGGCAGCACAGAGGGGUGGAGUCAGUCCCACAGCCAGGUGCGGCACUUUAAUGCUUCAGUUGGAUGGUUUUCCUACUGGAGACGGUGUUAAGGCUGAUCGAUCAGCUGGCAGACUGACUGGAUCUAUGAUGGAGCUGCAGACGCUACAGGAGGCUCUGAAGGUGGAGAUCCAGAUCCAUCAGAAACUGGUCGCCCAGAUGAAGCAGGACCCUCAGAACGCAGAUCUGAAGAAGCAGCUCCACGAGCUACAGGCUAAGAUCACAGCGCUCAGCGAGAAGCAGAAGAAGGUGGUGGAGCAGCUGAGGAAGGAGCUGAUGGUGAAGCAGGAGCCGGAGGCAAAGCUGCACCUCCAGACUCCUGCAGGAGGAGAGGUGAAGCAGAGCCCUCAGCAGACGCUGACGGUGACGCCGCUCCUCACCUCCAAGACUCUACCUCUGGUGCUGAAGGCGGCGGCAGUGCCCCCCACCCUGCCCGGCACCAUGCUGCAGCAGCGCCAACCCACCAUCGCCGUGGUUACUGCAGCCAUCACCAAACCCGACCUGCAGAGCGUGCCCAUCAACCUGCAGGUGGCCGGCAAGCUGACCAAUCAGAACGCAGAGCCUGUCAGGCUGGUGACCAAGAACGCCAUGGUGCUGCAGGCCACCACCGCCUCGGCCCAGCCAAUCAAAGUUCCUCAGUUUGUCCCUCCUCCUAGACUGACGCCUCGACCCACCUAUCAGCCACAGGUCCGGCCCAAACCGUCCCAGCCAGUCAACGUGCAUAUCGCCCCGGCGCCCCCCCCACCCAUGAUGGCGGCCCCCCAGCUGCUGCAGAGGCCCGUCAUGUUGGCCACCAAGCUGUCGGCCUCACUGCCGUCGGCGGCGCCCAUCCACCAGGUGCGCAUCGUGAACGGGCAGCCGUGCAGCAAGAGCACCACGCUGACCGGCAUCGUCAUCACCGCACCGAUGACCCCCCUCCCAACACGACUCGCCAACCCGGCCCUCGCACCCAUCCUGACCCCCUCCCCAGCCAAGCCCAUCCAGAUCAGCAGCCUGAACUCCGAACCCAAGCAGACUGUUAAACCCGGAGGCGGAUCUGAGCAGAAGCUGGUGGUGAGCCUCCCUUCCUCAUCCACCCCCCCAUUGUGUCCCCCCGCCAGACCCAAGAGAGAGGACAACCCCGAGAAACUGGCCUUCAUGGUGUCUCUGGGCCUCGUCACACACGACCACCUGGAAGAAAUCCAGAGCAAACGGCAGGAGAGGAAGAGGAGAACGACGGCCAACCCGGUGUACAGCGGCGCUGUGUUCGAACCCGAGAGGAAAAAGAGUGCAGUGAGUUACCUGAACAGCCCUCUGCACCAAGGGACCAGGAAGAGAGGUCGCCCUCCUAAAUACAGCGGUGUCCCGGAGCUGGGCAGCCUCACCCCGACCUCCCCCUCCAGCCCUGUCCGCCCCCCCCCACUGCCCAGCCCCGGCUCUGGGGAUGGAGACAUCCAUGAGGAUUUCUGCACUGUGUGCAGACGCAGUGGCCAGUUGCUCAUGUGCGACACGUGUUCACGUGUGUUUCACCUGGACUGCCUGGACCCUCCCCUGAAAACCAUUCCUAAAGGCAUGUGGAUCUGUCCAAAAUGUCAAGAUCAGAUCCUGAAGAAAGAGGAAGCCAUUCCCUGGCCCGGCACUCUGGCUAUCGUUCACUCCUACAUCGCCUACAAAGAAGCUAAAGAAGAGGAGAAACAGAAGCUGAUGAAGUGGAGUUCUGAACUGAAACUGGAGCGAGAGCAGCUGGAGCUCAGAGUCAAACAGCUCAGCAACUCCAUAACGAAAUGCAUGGAGAACAAAAACACGAUCCUGGCUCGGCAGAAAGACAUGCAUCUGUCCCUGGAGAAAGUCAAGCACCUAAUCCGCCUCAUCCAAGCUUUCAACUUCAACCAGGCUCUGACGAAGGCCGGCGGUAAGGAGGACGUCCAGGUCUCUGCUGCCAUCCUCUCUGAAGCUGCACCAGAAGCUAACUCUGUAGAGAAAGAGAGGGCUGAGAGCUCCUGCACCCCCAACACCACCAUCAACACCACCAUCAACAUCCCCAACACCAGCAGUAACAGUGACACUGGUGGAGACGACAAACAAGAGCAGCCCGGAGCGGUGGGGAACAGCCAGGCAGCCGGAGACACCGAGAGCCAGGCUGUCCUAGAGGCCGGCGCAGAGCUAACAGAAAACACUCCAGCUGGAGGGGGGGGGCGCAGGCCAGGCAGGUGAUGGUUCAGGGGGAGGGGGUGUGGCUGGGACGGGUGGUGAGGCUGGGGGAGGCAGCAACUCGACCUCUGCCCUGCAGGUGGAUGCUGUGUCCGACCCUGAGACUGAGGCUGCCCAGGUGGUUGACCUUCCC